GUAAGACGUCACAACUACACGGGCGUACGUUCGAAUGUACAGUAAGUUGUACGUCUCCAACUCUCAGGAAAGCUUUGCCCGGUGUCCCGCAGAAGUAGUUGGUUCACGUGAUGGAAGGUGAUUUACCUUUAAUAACUAGUGAUGAAUAUCGAUUGCUUGAAACAUAUUGCCAGAAGAGGAGGAAACCACAGACCAGAUUGAGGCAAAGUGCCUGUAUGUACAGCUUCGAUGCAGGUGAUGAGAAAUUUAGUGAUGUGGCUGAAAAACUGACCCAGAUUGUAGACAACGGACUUCUUGACGAAGAACUACUCCAGCCUGUAGACAGAAGACUUAAUGCUGAUGAAGGAAUAGAGGCAGAUAGUGGUGAUAAAGAUGUUGACCAAGAUGUUAUAGAGAAGCUUGUUGACUUACUGAAGAAAUCAGGGGACAACUUAAAUGAAAAGAUUCUGAGCAACCAUGAGCUUAAAGGAUACCUGCAGCGUACUUUCUCUUACGACGUCUUUAAAAAACUGACCAAAACCUUCAUCACAAGUGUAGUACAAGGAGGAAGUAAACGUGAGGAGAUCGCCCUAGCCUUUGAGGUCACCAGCAGACUCAAAGCCCUGGACCUACAACCCAUGAACAGAGCCAUGGGAUACGGAGCUCAGUACCUGCAGGAAUACUUCGCUCCCUGGGUUAAACAGCACGGUGGCUGGGAGAAAGCCUUUGAGGAUGACGAUGAUGAAGAGGUCCAUUGACAAGAUAUACUGUGAAACAUAUGGCUUUUAGUGAUCAAAUUGAUUUAUAUAUAUAUAUAUAUAUAUAUAUACACACAUCUUUUUCUUCAAUGCGGAAGUAAGCUUAUGGGUGAGACUUCAGGUUUAUUACCCGCUAUAGGGAAAUAAUGAGAAGAAUAAAAACAUGCGGUAAAUGGUACAACUGUUUGCACUACAAAAAAAUAAUAUGGUAUGACACCAAUUUGCAAUAUCAAGCAGCAAAACAAACUGUUUUGUAUGACUAAAAAUAGCUGUACGCGGAUAAGACCAGAAGCCAGACCCAUAAAAUUUACAAAUGACUGCGCACACUCUUAUGGUACAAAUAAAGUGGAUAUUGAUUAAAAAUAUUGAUAUUGUUUAUUAUAUUAUAAUAUACUUAUAAAAUAUAAAAAAUACAUAUUUGAUAAAUCUAGAUUUUUUUUUACUUUUAUUAUGAUAUAAAAUUUAGUGUUAUGAAUAAAAUGUGUUUCUAAAAAGCAGGUCAAAAUAUAAUGCUAAAAUAUAAUGCUUUAUUGACUGAGAAGUUGGAACAAAUAAAGCAUCACAAACAUACUCUUUACAAUCAGAGGAUGCCACCGGAAUGAGAAUAACGCUUAAUGUGCUUUUUUUUUUUUUUUAAUCAUUAUUACAUGUAAGUACCUGCCUUCAUUUGCUAUGAGGUUGAAAUAAACACAUAAAUUUGUUAUAAUUCUGUCUUAAGCACAACAUUCGGCACAAAGAGGCAAAAACUAGAUAAAUACUGAACGCUUUCUUUUCAUUUGUGUUUCCUUUAGUGUCUUUGUAAUGACUGGUUUGGAAUGCCAUAUGAUGACUAUGUUUGCAAUAUUUCACACCUUAAUUUAUGUGGCAUACAUCCUCAUAACAAGCCAAGACUAAUGGACAUUUAACCCAGAUAAUCAACAUCACUGCAGAUGUAACAGUAUUGAUGGAAUUUGAAUGAAAUCAUGUAAAACAAUGCAGCUUCUACAAUAAAGAACUGACUCUGACUAGCUAGA